AUGGCUGCUUGGAAUGUGUACGCUAAGGAGCUCUACCACCACGGCCAUGGAUAUCCGUUGUGGGUGCCCGAUCCAGAGCCACGCACCAACCGUGAGGUCGAGAUCGCCGACUUGGGGUGGAUUAGGGAUGGCCAAUUCAUCCACCUACUGCGAUGCAAGGCGACACAAGGGGAAUCACAGCCGCACCGGGUGCAGCCGGAGGACUACGCGCCGUUCAAUCCGCCCAACCUCGUUACCAGUGGACCUCUCGAGAAAAUCACCCAGCCUGUGCUUUGUAGCCGGUCGAUCAAGAACGUCGAGGUGCAAGCAGGGGCGUCGGUGAACGUCCCCAUGGCAGUGUCUACUCCGGGCGGCAAUGUCAAGUUCCAGUGCACGCAAGACAAGGGCGCGCUUCUGCUGCUCAGUCCCCGGGGCGAAGAAACCUUCAUCGAAUCUAAGCGACACAUCGUCACGUACAUGCGCGAGCACCUCGACAGCUGGGAAGACCUCGCGAACAGUGUGCUCGGCCUCGAGCUCUUGCGCGAAGACAUCUUCUUCGUCUGCGGCGUGACGAAGACGAGCCGCUGGGGCGUCGCCGCGUUCUCCGGCACACAACGCAACGCACAAGGCACCGUCUCGUGCGACUUUGGCGCGCUUGGCUCCGCGAGUAUGAACAUCAGCGUCGCGCAGACGAGCCUGCCCGGCAGCUGGUUCCGGAGCGGCCCGCCGCGCGCCCGCGGGAGCCCCACACUCAACUUCGCACCUUCGCCCGCGGCGUAUAUGCCGUACGGUGCGUCGCCGACCCAGCCCGCCUUCGGGACGGGCUCCUCGACGUCCGUGUCGUCCUAUGGGACGGCCGCUGCGCCGUCUACAGCUUCGUUCCCCGCGUACGGUACCCAGACCAUGCCGCCUGGUAUGACCUUGCCUUCAGUGCCACAGGCCGCGUAUGGAGUCCAGGAAAAGGCGGACCAGUGUAUAUUUUUCCACUACUAUAAGGCCAAGCGGCGUUUCUUCCUGUUCGAGCGCAUGGAAGCCGGGGCGGGGCCGCAUGAGCUACCGCCGAAGGCAGACGACGAUUUUUCCAGCUCGGAGGUGCUCGCUCAAGAUGAUGAUGGUGCAGACGAGCUAGAAUUCGAGUCGUCGGCGGAUGAUACGCCUUAUGACCCGGUAAAAGAUGUCUUAGACUACAUACUCGAAACGAAUCAAGAGGUCAAGCUAGCGAUCGCGUCUGAUCUCGAUCUGUAUGCACUAUUCAAGGAUCAGGACUUCCCAGACGAUGUGGCAGCGGAACUGAGGCGGCUCAAACCCGCCGUAGAGUUGGAUGAAAACAAUGUGGGUACGCUGUCUGUAGACUUCACAUACAGCCGCAAGCGGGUCGGAGAAGCAGAGGCCGAAGGCUCCCCGAGCAAGAAACAAGUGAUGUCUCCCGGUGACGGACCGGAUGGCGGUAAUCCUCCGGAAGACAUGGACAUUGACCAUCAGCCUGCAUAUAUGGGCGGUGGUGCAGAUGAUGAUAAGCUUCAGCCUUUUACGGGUCCACAAGACCCUCAAGUACCUGACAAGGGCAAGGAAGCAGCACGGCACGUUGUCGGAGACCCUUCGACGCACGACGGCUCUGUAACCGCGCUGGCCUACUCCGCGGACGGCCGGUACCUCGCAACCGGGGCGGAGGACACAUGCGUCAUCAUUUGGUACGCGCGCGAGGGCGCUGUGAAACGAAAGCUCGCGGCGCACGACGACACCAUUUCCGCACUCGCAUUCUCUCCGAACGCCGCCAUUUUGGCAUCCGCGUCCGACUACGGGCCAAUCAAGCUCUGGCAAGUCGAGGCGUUGGACCAACAGCCGCAGGUGGUCGACCCAGGCGUGUUCGUUCGCUCUCUCGCCUUCACCCCCGACGGGUACAAACUACUCGGCGGCGCGAGCGACGGCAGGUUCAUCAUGUGGAACGUGGGCAACCUCGCGCGCGUCGACAUCACACACCAUGCCGCGGUCGUCGCCUUCAUCAUCUUUUCCGCGGAUGGGACGAUGAUGGCGACGGGCGGUACAGAGAGCGUCUGCCGCGUGUGGGAGGUCGCGAGCCUCGACAGCCGCACGCCGAAGUGGGUGCUCAAGGGGCACCGCGGCAUGGUCUCGUCCGCGGCGUUCUCGCGCGACGGGCGGCGCAUCAUCACGGGCUCGGACGACGCGAGCUGCCGCAUCUGGAGCACGGAGAGCGGGGAGGUGCUCGUGAACCUGCACGAGCACACCGGGCCUGUGUGGGCCGUCGCAUUCGCGCCAGACGGGAUGCGUGUCGUGUCGGGCUCGUCGGAUACGACAGUGAAGGUGUGCGACGCGUGGACGGGCGAGCGCCGGCUCUCGCUCGACGCGCACGACAACAUGAUCAACAGCGUCGCGUGCUCGCCGGACGGCCUGUACAUCGCGUCCGCGUCGUCGGACAACACCGUGCGACUGUGGGACGCGGAGAGCGGGAAGCUCGUCCGGACGUACAACGAGCACAGCGACAACGUCACGUCCGUGCGAUUCUCGCCCGAUGGGAAGACGCUCGCGUCCGGCGCACACGACGGGACGGUAUACAUCAGGCCGCUGCAGCAGGGCGAAGUUGCGUAG